CCUUUCCGCUUCCUCCUGUUCAUUGAGCUGAGACCAGCACAAGUGGCUUCCGCUGACCUGCUGUGGUUCGAAUAGCUGUUCUGGGAGCAGCAAUGUGAAUGCCGUGUUGCUAUUUCUCUCGUGUUGUCACGUUUUGUAAACUAUUUCGGUGCAGCAAAAUGUCACUGAAUGUUGUGCAUCUCCGUGCUGGCUGCAGGCUGCUUGGCGGCAACGUUAAAGUCUUACAAAGAGUCAGAUUUCUUCACAGUGUAAUUCGGGGAGAGACAGGACUAACGCACACGCUCUCACUACCAUGGAGCUUCUGCUGCCGGUCAGCGUCACGCCUGCAGGACACCACCAUGUCGACAUCAGCAGAGCUCCAGGCUGUUUUCCACACUUCCUACACCUCCUCCAUCACACGACACAUCAAAUAAGUCUGGGGUAAGUUCUGCUGAAGCACACCAAACAUUCAACCUUCAAUGCCUGUUGCUGUUGUCACCAACAGGUGGCGCCCUCAACCCUAAAACUUUUCGACCGACAUUUCCUUAAUAAUAUAAUUUAUACAGGUGGUCAUCGGUCUGUGUACAAGUUCCGUUCCUACGACAGCGAUGUAAGGAAAGUAUUAGUUUAAGUCGAAUUAUAUCUAAAUGAACACCUAAGUCACUCACAUUGUAAACACAUAAAGGGCAUAUCAAAUACAAUAAAAUGAGAAAAAGAGAACUCCUUACUUUUUUCCCUGUGGUUGUCUUGCACACUGGUAGAGGUGUUGCAAAUGAAGGAGAGACAGGCUUACUGGCAGGAGGAAGUGUAAAUAAUGAAACCACUAUGCUCUUUAGUUGUCACUGUCCAUUUCAUGGCAGCAGAUGCUUUCACAUGUUCAGCGAUACCAUCUUUGUCCUUCAUGAUGGUCGUGGCGUUUGAGCGGCUAAUUGGAGCGAGCAUGCCACCAAUGUUCAUUUCUCCACUUCCUAAUUUUACUAGGUCUAACUUCACUUAUCACUUUUUUCUUUGAUACACCGACAUCAGAAGAGUCUCCCUCACGCUUGGAAGACAUCGUGAAGGGAAAAGAGUUAACGAAAAAGAACAAAAGUCAUGUUCAUCGAUGCAGCGACACAUGACUAAAUAUUCUGCUGCUGUGUGCGUGUAACUACUUUUUCUUUUUGUACGGUAUUAAUCCUUUAUAGGGGUGCAUACAUAACCACGAAGCGUCAGAACAGUAAAUGUGGUAACGCGAGGACUGCCUGUAUAGCAUGAGGACCAUGUUUGUUGACCCUGUGACGUGGAAAUCUUUAGCCAUCACCUUCGCUAUCGGGGGAGCGCUGCUUGGGGGGAUGAAAUAUUUCAAGAGCGAAAAAGAAGAAAUGAUGGAAAAAGAGAGGAACAAGUCGAUAGGACGUCCGGCACUUGGUGGACCGUUCUCUCUGGUGGAUCACAACAAGAAGGCGGUGAAGAGUGAGGAUUUCCUGGGCCAGUGGAUCCUCAUCUACUUUGGCUUCACUCACUGUCCUGACAUCUGCCCGGACGAGCUGGAGAAGAUGAUGGAGGUGGUGGAUGAACUUGACAAAAUCAAGUCUUUACCCAAACUGACGCCCAUCCUCAUCACCAUUGACCCUGACAGGGACACGCCAGAAGCCAUGGCCACGUACGUCAAAGAGUUUUCUCCAAAGCUGAUUGGUCUGACGGGGACCAGUGCUCAAGUGGAGCAAGUGUCCAGGUCCUACAGAGUUUACUACAGCCAAGGACCCAAAGACGAAGACAACGACUACAUUGUGGACCAUACCAUCAUCAUGUACCUGGUUGGACCUGAUGGACAGUUUGUGGACUAUUUUGGUCAGAACAAAAGAAAUGUGGAGAUAUCCAACGCCAUCGCGGCUCACAUGAGGAAAUACAAGAAAGAAAAAUGAUUUGAUUCUGAAGGGAUUGUGUCGUAUGUGAUCAUUAUAAGCUAUUAUAAAUGAUUAUUCAAUACAUUCCUGUCCUGCUAUGUCCAGGUUUUGUCCUGAGUGGACAGGACACACUGACGCUCGUGUUAAAUAAUUAUCCAGCGUGCUUUAGUCGACUGGAGUCCAAGGUAACGACCACCUUAUGAAGAUACUUGAAUAUUUCUCAUCAGAACUCCUGAAGGAAAUCUCCGUCAAAUCAAAAGAUCACAACUUGUUUUGUGUGUAUGGAAAGUAUUGAUGGUUUACUCCAAAAUAAAAGUCAUCAAGCAUGUGAA